AUGUCUGCGACCGAAGGACCCCCACCUCAAGGGCCGCCCCAGGGCCCGCCCCAGGGCCAGUUCCAACAAGGACCGCCGCCCGGCAUGCCGCAGCCCGGCCAGCAGCCCACGCCCGAGCAGAUCCAGAUGAUGCAGCGCCAGCUGGCUGCCGAGGCUGAGAAGCACGGAAUCUCGGUGCAGGAAUAUGUUCAGCGGCUCAAGGCGCAGGCAAUGGCACAGCACCAGGCGCAGAUGCAGGCACAGCAACGGGCUCAGCAGCAACAGCAGCAGCAGCAGCAGCCAAUCCAGCCGGGCCCGCCCAAGCCCGAGGCCAUCGCCGUCGCCAACUUCCUCAAGGCGCAAGACCUGAAGCCGCGGACCGUCAUCCACGACGAGAAGCGCAAGGACAUGUUCCGAGUCCUGCGAGCCAUCCGCGCCCUCUCGUCGCCCGCCUACCAGAAGGCGCGCGCAAAGAACCCCCUCCUGCCCGAAGUCCACGACCGCGCCUCCGCCGAGAACACAUUCAAGCUGCUCCCGCUGUCGCUCCUCGCGCUGCGCGUGUCCAAGGUCGACCCCGAGCACGCCCACGACGGCCACAACCACGCCAAGCCCAAGCGCGUCAAGGGCCUGUGGACCGUCCGCAUCGAGCAGCACCAGGAGGCCAACGACGACAACUACUACAUCUGGCUGUACGAGGGCUCGCAGUGGAAGCAGAAGCUGUACGCCGCGGGCGCGCUCGUGCUUGUUAUUGCCGUCGUGCUGUUCCCGCUGUGGCCGCUGUUCCUGCGCCAGGGCGUGUGGUACCUGAGCAUGGGCAUGCUAGGCCUGAUUGGUCUCUUCUUCGCCAUGGCCAUUGUGCGCCUGAUCCUCUUCAUCAUCACCAUGUUCACCUUCGCGCCCGGCCUGUGGCUGUACCCCAACCUGUUCGAGGACGUGGGUUUCUUCGACUCGUUCCGCCCGCUGUGGGCCUGGCAGGAGACACCCGACGACAUCAAGGCCAAGAAACUCGCCAAAAAGGAACGCAAGGCCGCCAAACUCGCCGCCAAGGCCAACGGCGAGAAACCCCGCGGCAAAAAGGGCUUCGCCCCGCUCGGCCAGCACCAACACGGCCACCAUGACCACAGCCAUGACCACGAGCAGCAUGAGCAUCAGCACCAGCAUGAGCAUGAGCAUGAGCAUGAGCAUGAGCAUGAGCAGGAGCAGCACGACCACUCGGUUCCUGCGCCCCCGGCGCCGUCGUCUACGGGCGUGCAGCACCCGGGUGAGGGGGACGUGACGCAGCGUCCGCCAAGAGCGACGGUGGAGGAGGCUGAUGACGAGUAG